GUCAGUGAAAGUGUUUAGACUGGGGAUCCAGCCCACUCACACACACUUUCCCGUUAGGCACACAUCAACAGCAGUACUUACUUUGGGAAUGGGAAGAUCAUACCAAAUAAUGAUGUUAGAGAACAAGGUUUUUUCCUGUUUUGUAUUCUAUAGUGUUCUCCUGGUAAUCAAGAUGUACAUCAUAGCAAUCAUCACUGGACAAGUAAGGCUGCGCAAAAAGGCUUUCGCGAACCCAGAGGACGCGCAGAGACAUGGUGGCCUCCAGCACUUCAGACAGGAUCCAGAUGUAGAGCGGUGCCAAAGGGCUCACCGUAACGACAUGGAGAAUAUCGUCCCCUUCCUGUUCCUGGGGGCCGUCUACUCCCUGAUUGGCCCGUCGCUGGCCGUGGCCCGCGCUCACUUCCUGGUCUUCUUCCUAUUCCGCAUGCUCCAUACGCUGGCCUACCUCUGUGUCCUGCGGGCACCCACGCGCUCCCUGGCCUACGUGAUCGCCCAGGUGCCCUGCAUCUCCAUGGCCGUUCAGAUUCUCGCGGCGGUGUCCUCGAAUGGGUGUUCUGACUUUAUUGGUGACCAAUCUUAGUGGAUGAUUAGGGCCUGAUAAGAGCAGUAGAGAAUACUGCUUGUAAGAGGGAACAGAUAUUUUUCAUAUGAGGGAAAUCCUAAAGACUGCAUUGUCAUCAGACUGCAAUGCUACAAUAGCAGUUUGUGCCUCUCAGCAAUGCUCUAUGAAGUGUACACUGUUGUGCUCUAGCUAGUACAUCUUCAUGUAGUACUGUAUUCUUUUACAUCUUAGUCACAUAGCAGACACUUUUAUCCAGAGCAACUUGCAGAUGCCUUACUCAAGGGCACAUAGACAGAUGUUUCACCUAGUUGGCUCGGGGAUUUGAACCAGCAACCUUUCAGUUACUAGCCCAAUGCUUUUAACCGCCAGGCUACCUAUAUGCUACAGAAUGUUGAAGUCAAUUGACUCCCUCUGAAGGUCAUGGGGACACUACUCUCGGAAGAAAAAGUUUAACAUUUCGAUUAACAUGUAACUUUGUAACCAAUUAUUUGGGUUGACAUGUUUUUUUUUUCAUACACAAGUCAAUGUUACUUGUUUUCAUCUUUUACAUUCUGUAUUUCUUGUCAUUCAACAAGUGGUAUUUUUGUAGAAAAGUCUGGGAUGUAGUGACCUAUUUGCUCAAACCAAUCCAGUAUUUUAGAAGUUGAACUGAAGAGCAGACAUGUAUAACACAAAUCAUUUAUCAUAAUGCAUUUUUUAAAUGAAAACAGAAGAAAACGGUUGAA